AUGUCAGCUCCCAACACUACCCCUACAAAUCCUUUGGUCACAGCGUUGCUCACAGACCUCUAUCAAAUCACCAUGACCUACGCUCAUUGGAGAAUUGGGAAGCAUGAAGAACCCGCGGUCUUUGAGCUCUUUUUUCGAAAGAACCCCUUUCAAGGCGCCUUUACCAUUUUUUGCGGAUUGGACGAAUGCUUGAAGUACAUCCAGUCCUUUUCUUUUUCGGAUGAGGACAUUGAAUAUUUGAAAUCAACACCUGCUCUUUGCAAUUGCGAGGAUGGCUAUUUCGAGUAUCUUAGAACCUUAUCGACAACACAAACUCCAACCUUCCAAGUCCGAGCUCUCAAGGAAGGAACCAUCGUAUUUCCAAAGAUCCCCAUGGUCAUCAUUGAAGCCCCUCUUGGUUUGGGUCAAUUGCUGGAAACGACAUUAUUGAAUUUGGUCAAUUUUCCUUCGCUCGUGGCCACCAAUGCGGCUCGGAUGGUCUUGGCCGCCAAACCAUUUCCCUGCAUUGAAUUUGGGUUGCGACGAGCCCAAGGCCCGGAUGGAGCCUGUACGGCCAGCAAGUAUGCAUAUGCGGCUGGAUUUUCCGCCACGAGUAAUGUGCACGCAGGAAAGCUAUUUGGAAUCCCCAUUUCGGGAACCCAUGCGCAUGCCUAUGUCCAAGCAUUUUCCUCUUUGGACGACGUCCAAGAUUUGCAGUUGCUAAACAAAAAGACACAAGCGACGGAGGCCUUCUUGCCAAAAGUGUUGGGCUAUCGCAAGGAUGGAACGAAUGACGGAGAACUCGCUGCUUUUGUGGCAUAUGCCUGUGCCUUCCCGGAUACUUGUUUGUGUUUGGUCGAUACUUAUGACACCUUACAAAGUGGACUUCCCAACUUUAUUGCCACGGCCAAGGCCUUGGAUGAUUUUGGAUAUCAACCCAAAGGAAUUCGACUGGAUUCGGGCGAUUUGAGUGCUCUCAGUUUGAAAUGCAAGUCUGUCUUUGAAGAAGUAGAGGGGUCAACUAGUCGUCAAGUCUUUGGAAACUUGACAAUCGUCGCAAGCAAUGAUAUCAAUGAAGAAACCUUAUAUCAAUUGGCUGAACGUGGACAUGGUAUCACAGCCUUUGGCAUUGGAACCAAUCUCGUCACUUGUCAAGCCCAGCCCGCGUUGGGGUGUGUAUACAAACUGGUAGAAUGGAAGGGAGAACCAAGAAUAAAGCUAUCGAACGACCUGCCCAAGAUCACGAUACCUUCGCGAAAGAAUGUCUAUCGAUUAUUUGGCAAAGAAGGCACUCCGUUGGUGGACUACAUGGCAAUGCAAGAUGAAUCUCCUCCUAAACCUGGUGAUCGCAUCACAUGUCGCCAUCCCUUCAAGUCUCAAAAGAGACUGAUUUGCACACCCACCUCUGUUGUCACCUUGCAUUCUGUCGUUUUUGACAAUGGUGCAAAGGCUGCUCUAGCCGAAUCAUCAAAUUUGUCAGAGACCCGUUCCUAUGUGCAGACUGAAUUGGACAAAUUUCCGGACGCCAUCAAGCGAUAUGAAGACCCGGAGGAAUAUCCCAUGAUGGUUUCAAUCACCUUGUACAAGUUCCUUCACGAUCUAUGGGAACGAAAUGCACCCAUCAAGGAAGUAGCGUAA